UGAGCAACGAGAGAAGCUAAAUUCUGGGUGUGUGUUUCUGUAAACAUUCGCUUUGCGAGACGAGAGUGACGAUAGAGUGGCCAAAGGACAUGCUGGAGGAGAUAGAAGACUUUCGCUUGGAGAGGUCGAUAAGAAGUCUCAAGACCAAUGAGGAAAUCGAGAAGUUGAGUGUCGACGAGAAAUUGAGUUCUUUGGAUCGAGCUCUGUAUUUGCUCAAAAACGGUCAAGACGUGCAGAAAUUGAGUGUCGUUUCGAAUCUGACGUCACUGAUGAGGCAGAGUCCGAGUGAUACUCAGAGGAAAGUGCUGCCUAAGAUAUGGGAACUUGUUUUUUCGGCUCAUGUGGACAUUCAAGUUGGUAGAGAACAAACAGCUGAUGGCGUAAGCAUUCCAUUUGAUGCUCUUUCCUACUGUGUUGAAUGGAUUGGAGAGCAGAGAGAGAGAGGAGAGAUAAACCCUUUGCCAUAUUGUCGUGGUGCUUCUCUUUGUAGUCGUCUCUUCAGCGUGGGUCAAGGCUUGGUUGUUGUGAGCAGCUACAGUUCUGAUGUGAUCAGGAGAGAUAUUGCCCAUUGCCUUGGCAAAAGGGCAGUUGUCUCAGACUGUGUUGUCAUGUCUAGCCAGCUAUGAAAUACUGGGACACAUUGCAAGUAAGUUUGAGGCUGUGAGGUAAUGUGGAUGGACUUUGUCACAGGGAUGCAUUUUCUAAGACUAUUGUAUUGGAGGG